AUGAGUGCGAAACACCGAAUGAAGGUUCAGAAUGAGCGUGCUCAUAACAAUAUCACGAACCGCGGUAAUGUUCCGAAGUCACUGAAAUCCAAUGAUGAUCAAUCCAAUGUAAAUGCCUGGGUUCUCGGUCUCAUCGUAUUUGUCGUAUGUGGUUCCGCUAUUUUUGAAAUCAUCCAACACAUUCGAUUGGCUUUUUAA